AUGUGGACCAACACUUUCAAAUGGUGCAGCAAGACUGAAAAGGAAACAACGACUGCAGACGCCAAAGUCUGUGCCAGCUUGCAUGGCCUUCAGGCCCUGCAGCAGCAAAUCAUGGAUAGCACAACCGUGCACGGGUCUGUCAAUAAUACGAUGACUCCAGGCGGGAUUAAUCAAUGGCACUUCCACAAUAAUCGUGCCAGCAAGGUCUGCACACCCACGGUGCUCAUUCAUGGGUACGCUGCCUCGUCGAUGGCGUUCUACAGGACGUUCGAGAGCCUCUCCGACAACAUCAAGGACCUGUAUGCCAUCGACCUUCCCGCCAACGGUGCCUCGCAGGCCCCUGCUCUACAAGUGGACAAAACCAAGAAGAUCAAACCGCUCAGAUUCAAGCACAUAGAGGACGACGUGGUUGUCCCCGUGCUAGAUAAACACCCCCCAGCAGAGGACAUCAAGUCGCAUCUGGAACAGUACGAAAAUUACUUUGUAGACAGGAUCGAACAGUGGCGAAAGGAUAACAAGCUCCGCAGGAUAAACGUGGUGGGCCAUUCGUUCGGAGGUUACAUCUCGUUCAAGUACGCCCUUAAAUACCCAAACUCCAUCGAUAAAUUAUGCCUCAUAUCUCCCCUGGGUGUGGAAAACAGUAUACACGCCAUCGCCCAUAAGUGGGAGCCCAACACCACCUACCCACUCACGUUUACCGAUCCAUCCUCCAGAUAUUACACGCGAAAACUAAACGUGCCCCAGUUCAUCUUCGAAAACCAGUUGAAUGUUUUGAAGUGGAUGGGGCCUAUAGGCUCCAAACUGUGCUCGAACUACAUCUCCACCGCAUACGUAAAGGUGCCCGACCAGCUAUAUAAAGACUAUCUUUUACAUUCCUUUGUGGGCAAAAACCAGACAGUGCAGCCACAAACAAUCAAGGUAUUCACACACCUGUUCGAAAGAAACCUGAUCGCUAGAGAUCCGAUAAUAAACAACGUUGGUCUCUUGAACCCGGCGACACACGUAAUGUUCAUGUACGGUGAGCACGACUGGAUGGAUAAGUAUGCGGGCUAUUUGACCACUGAGUCGAUGCUGAAAAACAAGGCAAAGGCUAGUUACGUUGAAGUCCCAGAUGCUGGUCAUAACUUAUUCCUGGACAACCCACAUCACUUCACUUCUUCCUUAGUCUCCUUCCUAUCAAAAUAA